UGGGUCGACACAGCUGUCAGAUAGUCGGUCGUGUCUCGGCAGCUGUUAGGUCCAGGCGUCUUCAACACUAGCAGUAUAGCAGCCAUGAACACCACAGCCUCCGUAUUAGUCCUCCUUUUAUUGGCGCUGGGGUCUCUGGUGGAUGCUGAGAAAGAAUGCACUCCUGGCGAGACGAAGCAACUGGACUGCAACACAUGCUUCUGCAGCGAUUCCGGCUUCUGGGGAUGCACGCUCAUGGGGUGUCGCACGUAUACUCUGCAGCCAGCUCCGACACCUGGCGAGGAGGCAACCAGAGUGAGACGGUCUGAGGGACACUGCACGCCCAACACGACGUUCAAGAAGGAAUGCAACACGUGCUCCUGCAACAGGGACGGGACAGCGGCCGUCUGCACGCUCAAGGCCUGCCUCCCGCGCUCCAAGAGGGAAGUGUCCUGCACCCCCGGGGCGACGUACAAGGAGGGGUGUAACAUCUGUCGCUGCCGGUCAGAUGGAAAGUCCGGAGCCUGCACAAGAAAGACCUGCCCAGUGGACUCCAACUGAGGACACCCCUCAACAUUCAACAUUUUGUAAUAACACAGUUUGAAGAAACAUGUAUAACAUCUCAUUUAUAGCCUCUUCACUCAUGAGAUAAAAAAAAAGUAGCAAGAAAUUUUUCAUUUCAUAUUUUCCAGCAAACCAAUAAAUAAGCAUGACACAAAUGCAAAUGAAAUAAUUUGAUGAUAAUUCACUACGGCAUUAAUGGAGGUCCACGUGUGUGGACUUCCGGUCUUAUUUAUCGUGAAAACGUACUAGUCUUUGCUUUCUAUUUUCUUUCACCUUUAUUUAAUAAGAACAUUUUAUUCAGCAUUAUACAUAUUUUAUUUGAAGCAGUAAACUGUAUUUGUUAAUGCACACGGAAAAUAGGAUUCUUAAUGUUAACGUUUUAACUAUAUGAUUUCCAACACAAGUUUCUGUUCAUGUUCUAAAGCAGAUUCAUAUAUACAAGAAAAUAAUAAUUAUACAACAAUUUUGGCAAGUAGUAAUUUGCCACUGCCGAUACAUAAAUCUUUAGGUUUUAUGAUAAGCUUCGAGACAGUUAUCCGACAAAUGUGGACUGUACUUAUGCAGUGAGAAAACAUUGUAUAAAUAAAUUCCACUUUUGACGCACA